AUGUCUUUCCACCAAAGCGCAUGUGAUAUCCGUCUAAGAGCCGACUCCGGUUGCACGUUCUUGUCCGCGAUUUGCAACAAUGAGGAGGGUAGUGGUCUUACCGACAAUAUCCCUCUUGAUGAAUGUCUCGGAAAUGAAAAUGGCCAUUUCAGCUGGGGCGGGAGGAAUUUCAGCCACGAUGCACGUAAUAUCACCCUUACCCGGGGACCAGAUCGAACGCCUGUCCUUCAUUCUGAUCUCCGGAACUCCUCUGGUGAUUUUGUACCCAGCGAAAUCGAUCUGGCUACGCACAUAGCCAAUAUCGACGGCAAACUUGUUUACUUGUACUAA